GCAGGUUUGACAGUAUGGAGCUCCGGGUUGCAUGGAUGCGAUGCUGCGGUUCGUACGCUUUAAGCGGCCACACACACAUAGAGACACACACACACACACACACACAGCUCCGGAGGCUGACUUCAUUCGUCCUCGCGGUGUUGUUGGGAUUGUUCCUCCUCCCUGCGGACCACCUGCCUCUCACCCUCCUGACAGGUCCAGGAUGCAGACUCACCGUCUGUGCAGAGAGGGAACUUUAACUCCGGCGUCCUGAGGACAGGGGCGGAAAAUCGCGCGACGCCUUGUACGUGAAUGCCAUCAUGCUGUGAGGCUGUGUGAGGCAGCCUGCGUGAACACCAUGGAGGAGGCUGCCAGUCAACUUGAGCGUGACCAUGUGCACAGCGUUUACGACAAGAUUGCUCCGUAUUUCAACGACAACCGCUAUAAAGCCUGGCCCAAAGUGCGGCAGUUUCUGCUGGACCUUCCGCCUGGGAGCAUUGUUGCAGACAUUGGUUGUGGUAAUGGAAAGUAUCUCCACAUCAACAAGGACGUCUUCAAACUGGGGUGUGAUGUUUGUCGCCCCCUGGUGGACUUUGCGUGGAGCCAAGGACACGAGGUCCAGAUGUGUGACGGGCUGCACUUGCCUUACAGAGACGGCUGCUUCGACGCCGUACUCUCCAUCGCAGUCAUUCACCAUUUGUCCACCAAAGAGCGCCGCAUUCGAGCAAUAAAGGAAAUGGCUCGCACCCUCAGGGUGGGCGGCUGCAUCAUGAUCUACGUGUGGGCCAUGGAGCAGAAGCGCCGCAAAUUUGAGAAACAGGACAUCUUCAUCCCCUGGAACCCCAACCCCCACGUGCCCUCUCACUCCGGCAAAGACGACGGCAAACCCAGGAGGGCCGCGGCGCAGAGCGCGAGCGACGCCGCGGACAACUCGAAAAAGCACAGGAAGGUUAGAAGCACAUCCUCCGUGGCGGAUCAGGGAGAUCUGACGCCAACGGCGCCCCAGCAGAAGACGCAGCGACUGUGGUUCUUCUCCAGAUCUCUGGACUCCGUGUUUGACUUUGGAAGCUUAGCCAUCUCCUGGCCGUCAUCCAAAGACCUGAGCACUUUAUCUUCGCCCACGGGCGAGAACGACGGAAGCAAAGUCAAUCAGCGUGGACGAGGAAGACGGCUCAUCAAGCAAGUCUCCAGCUUCUUCUCUCCUCCGUCUACAAUCGGAUCGGAGGAGGACGUGUUUGAUUUGGGGCAGAACGACGCCCAAGGCAAGAGCCCAGCUCCUUACAGCAGCACAGAAACCCAGAGCGUCUCCGUGUCUUUGGUCCAGGAGUGCGGACCUCUGGCUCUACCGGAUCUGAUUUCUUUGCAGGAGCUUCCAAAGCACUCUGCAGGCGAAAGCAAUCAGGAGCUCCAGGAAAGCACAAGUCCGGCGGGGAGCGGCAAGCAGGCGGAAAGCUCCUGUCUGAGGUACUACCACGUCUUCAGGGAGGGAGAGCUCGCAGAGCUGAUUGAAAGUCAUGUGGAGGAGCUUCGAGUGAAACACGCCUACUUCGACCACGCCAACUGGUGUGUCGUGGCAGAGAAAGUUUAGCUGUGGAAAAUCUGAUUUUAAAUUUGGCACAAAGUUUGAGCACUGAGUCACAUGAUGCGGUUCCUAUAAGGGAUUCUUGUACAUAUGUACAGCUGAUUUUUCAGGUACUCCAAAAAGCGGCGGUUGAAUAGUUACUGAUUCAUCUGAAAUCAUUUUUAGCUGUGUUCCAAAACUACCUUAUUCAAAGUAUUUAUUCCUGACUUUUAAAUAUGUCGCUUACAGGCAGUACAUGAAUAGCGAGUAAGAGUUCUUUAAAUACUAGUGCGCUUGACUGCUGCUACAGAUUUUUUAUUUUUUUAAGAAGAACUUUAAAGGGAGGUGUUGGUAAAUGCACUGUUUUUAAUUUACGUGGUUUUAAGGUUCCAAAGAGAAGUUUGUGAGACAAAAUAAUCCUCUUCCAUUUUUUUUUUUUAACCUUAACUUAUUCUGUGGAUAGUUCUAAGUGUCUGCUCGUUUUACAAAUGCAUGUUCUGAACAUCAGCAGCCGCUUACUCAAAGUGUUGCGUGUGCAAAUGGUUUCAUCUAACUAUCCUAAGAACUAAAAAAUCCUACAGAAAAUCUUCCAAAAUUCCUAAAAGGAAGUUUGUGUGCUUGACGUUUUUUUUUAUUUUUUUUUUAUGAAAGCCCCACUCCAAUGAUUUUUUUAAUUAAUAUUUUUUAAAUUAUGAUGUUUUAGCUGAAAAAUUAAAUUAAAAAAAUGUAAUUUUCUAGGACAUAGUUUCUGCAGAAUAACAGUUCAAGACUGUAGGUGCAGAGAAAGCCUCACCUCAUUUCCCAUCAUCCCUUUGUUUAAAAGCUCUACCGCUAGCUUACAACCCCAACUUAACUUUACCAGUGCAGCAAAACUGGUGAAAAAACCCACUAACUACUAAAAAAACUACAUAGUGCAGAACUGUCUAGUGACCUGGAUUUUAAAAGCAAUUUGGACACUCUGCUCACUUCUUUUUCUUUUUUCUUAAACAGUGAAUAUAAUGUUAAGACAUCACCAAUUUUAAGUGAAAACCUACACAAUACAAGCUUUUCUUUACGAUGAUUAUUUUUGAAUCCAUUGAUGGUUUAUUAUUAAAAAAAAAGCAUUUUAGAUGUUCAAACCCAAUGCAUUGUGGUCUAUAUUCCCAGAUCUAGUGAGCAUCGACUUCAACGAGAUAUAUCACUAGAGAUUGCAUGCUAGCUGUUGCGUACGCAAAGUUGGACGCCAUAUUGGAACGGUAUAGAUGCCUGUUUACUGCUGUGUUACAAUUGUACAAAUAGAGCUAGAAAAACAAGAAUGUGACUUUUCAGCAGAACAUUAUUGCUGUCAGUUGAUAAAGGAGAACUUCCAGAAAACAUUUGAACAAGAUCUAAGUGAGUUUACUCUCAAUAAUGAAUGUUCAGGCUGAUCUUGUAGCCUAUUCAAAGUCAAUGGCAGCUUUGCACUAUUUCCACGUUUUCUGGCAAGACCUCUGAUCUUUUUGGUUUUAUGGAGGAUGAUCGUUGUAUUUGUAUGUGUGUUAGACCUCAGAUCAGACCAGACGACCAACUGGUAAUUAGAUUACUAAGUGGAGAAAAAUAAACUAACCAGGAUUUCCUCGGUAGCUCGUUGUGCGCAGACCGGCCCAUAUAUAACGGGCGCUAACGGUCUACCGCGAUGUCGGCUACCCACCGAUCCAUUUAUACAGUUUGUGUAAAUCUCAAUCUGUGUGUAGAUUUGAAUAAAAUCGUGACUAUGCAUCAGAUAUGCAUUGCGUUUCCUAUGUAAUAACCUAUUUAUUUUUUAAAAGUUUGAAAUAUCGUUAAAUUGUUGCACUUUGUACACAAACGUGAUUACCAUGACUUGGGAACUAUUUUUCUGAUGAUCAGAAAUGUUUCCUUUUUAAAAUCGGACCAAAAUUAAGCAUGUAUGGUCAUUUUAUUGUGUCUGCUAAGCUAUGCUUCAUUGUUUUUGUACCAUUCCAAUAUGUGUCUUGGACAAUAGUAAAAAGCCCGCAUGUGUUCUCUAGUGAUUUAACCUCUAUGAUCGAUUUACACUGUUUUUUUUUGCUAAGAAUUCUGGAGUUUCUAAGUAAUUGGAUUUAUGUCCAAAUUCCUUCCCUGACACUAUAAUAGUGCGUUUGCCAUUUUGUAGUGCUGUCCGAAUCAACAAUUACGAUAUCGAGUGGACUACAAAUUUCCCAGAAGUCUUUGCGAAAAACUAGCGUAGAUUGAUGCGAACUACAUUAGCAAAUAUAGACCAUAAUGUAAUGCGGUCAAGCAGUUUUUGUGAAAGAACGUGUUUAGAUUGAAUUUUUCAACAAACCAUCCACAUUUUCUUAAUCAGAACCCAGUGGAGUAGAUCCAAUGUUUAAAAAAACGAAAAGUUUUGAGCAUCGUGUCCUAAUUGCUUUUAAAAUCCUGGGCACUAGAUAGUAGUUAUCGGUGGUAAAUAGUUUUGUAGUAAGUGGAGAUGAGGGUGGGAGCUCGGGCAUAGAAUCAAAAAACACUACAAAUUUGCGAAAGGACUAUAUCGUGAGUAGUGAAGGAAUUCAGACUGACCAAAAAUACCGUCUGCAUUCCGUCACGCUCGGUCAAUUUACUUUCAAGUUUCCUGUAGGAAGGGUCACAGGCGGCACAUAACCAUGGUUGAAACUUUUCUUUUCACACUUGGAAAUAAAUUCCGUCAAUAAGGGAAUAUCUUGUGUAAGUGGAUACAUCCGAAUGCAGCAGAGCAAGGAGCUUUUGGCUUGCCUCCUACAUAACAGCUACAAUAUUUUUCCAACAGCCUUUAUCAUCUGCUCCUGAUUCACAACAAUUUGAAAAAGAAAUGUAAUUUUAAGCUUAAAAAUACUUUCAGUAUGUUUUCCAUUGUGAGAAAAACAUGCUCAAAACACUAUUUUCAUUGGAGUGGGUCUUUAAAUGUUCGCCUAACGUGUUGUGUAACAAGCUGAAUCCGCCAGUAGUGUUUCAGCACAUCGACUGCCUCAUAUAUACUGUGAAUAAAUAUUGCACUGUACUGCGAAUAUGUCGCUGCUCGUCGUCCGUGGGUGACAUACGAGCAGGUGACACUUAAAACGUAGUGCUUCUCUGUACUCGUCGUGCCAAGGAGAGCGCUGAUCCUUAAGUGUUGUGUGUGUGUGGACCAAAUGUGUUUGUACUGAUGUGAUUCUGGUACCUAAAAUGUCUUUGAGGCUGAAUUUGUUUACUCUUAUUAAAUAUUUUGUUCAUGAGUGUUGCUUUGCAUUUCCCUUUAUGAGACACUAAUGGUUUGUUCCCUUGAUAGUUUGUCUUCAUUCGUGGCCUAAAUAAUAUGUGAUUUUAAAAUGAAGUUAAAUGACUGAAAUGGCCAGAAGGUGAUGUUUUGAAACUUGUGAACUUCUGGAUACUUUUGGCUAGAGACACCAUUAAAAUGUUCAGCAACCA